AUGAAAGCAGUUUGCAUCCAAGUUAAGCGUAAGGACGUAAAUGAAUUGCAUGAAACCCUUGAUUCAUAUUAUGAUGAUUUAAUAAGGAAACCAAAAUUAUCAAAUAUCGUUUCUGAAGGAAUAACAACUUUUCGACGAUUGCCGAUAUUGAUAACGGGAUUUGUGACACUUACGUGCAUUUCCUACGCAAUAGUUCCAAUUUUGUCAAUAAUAAACCAAUGGAGACAUGACAUCCACCCAAUUAAAUAUAAUCUUAUUUUUCCAACUGCAUAUCCUUGGUACCCUUCACCCCAUACAUUUAUUUACAAUUUUCACUUCGUCAAUGAAUACUUAACAACAUUUAGCAUUAUUUUCAUAACUGGUAGUUUCGAUAGUCUUUUUAUUUAUCACAUUUUUCAAAUAAUUGGCAUUCUCCGUGAAAUCGCACAUGAUAUAUCGCUUAUUGAUCAAGACACGAAUUCAGAAAUAAUUGUACGACAAUGUGUUAUCAAGUACGAAAUAUUGUUGGAGUGUCGCCAUAAAAUGGAAAAAAUUUAUGGACCAAUAAUACUAUGGACUAUGAAGACAAAUGCGAUUAUACUUUGCGCAGUUAUCUUCCAACUUUCUCAUGCAAAGACUAUACCUAUUAUGGUAGCAAUGAUAUGUGCAGGGCAUGCAGGAUUAAAACUAACACAAGUUUAUCUUUACGCUUGGUCAGGAACACGGUUAACUACUGAGAGUGAUAAAUUAAGAGACGCAAUAUAUAAUGCUAAUUGGAUUGGAAACAAGCAGUUAAUAAAUUCGUUAAUUAUUAUGCUUAUUCAAAAACCACUCGUUAUGAGAGCCUACCACUUCACGACUGUGUCAAUUGAUAUGUUUUCAGCGGUUAUUAAUACAACAAUAUCUUACUAUUUAUUAUUAAAAACA